AGGUAACCAAAGCCAUCAAAAAACAGGGGCUGAGCUCAAACUCUUGGAAGACAGAGAUCGACGACAUCACACAAGUGGUUCGGUCUCUGCACAAAUUAAACCCUAAACAACCUUAACAAUACAAUGUCGUCUGCUUCGAAUCACGGUCUUCAUCUCUUCUUCUUCUUCUUCCUCUUCUUGGGCUUCGCCUCCUCCACCACCUUCCUUUCCAAUGAUAUUUUCCACACUGGUGGAUCCAUUGGACGUUCCCUUCUUCAGGCAAAACAAAAUUGUCCUGUGAACUUUGAGAAUCAGAACUACACAAUCAUCACAAGCAAGUGCAAAGGACCCAACUACCCAGCCAAGAGCUGCUGCAACGCCUUGAAGGAAUUUGCCUGCCCUUUUGCAGAUGCUAUUAAUGACUUGAAAAAUGAUUGUGCUACAACCAUGUUCAGCUACAUAAACAUUUAUGGGAAGUACCCUCCCGGCCUGUUUGCGUCUCAAUGUCGAGAAGGGAAAGAAGGUCUCGAAUGCCCCGCUGAGGCACCGAAACCUGAGAAGAGUAGAGGUCAGAUAGCAGCUACUCGCUCCAUCAUACUAGCACUCACUGCAAUCCUCCUAGUAUUGUCAUUCAAUAUGUUCUGAGCUGGUGUGAAGUGUGGAAAACACCACCCAAUUUAUAACCAUUAAUUCAAGUAACUUUCCCUGCUUUCUCCCACCAAUUUGUAUGCUUGAAGUUGUGCUCUAAAUAUAAAACUGCCCAAAUAGUAUAACUUUAUUA